AUGGGAAGAAAAUUAGCCUCAUACCUCUGCGCCGGCUUGAGCCGCAAGAAACCGACAACCUCCGACGCCUCACCGGAGAAAGCGCCGUCCUCUUCUGGCCACCGGAGGUUCGGGUCGAAAGACGAGGGGUUGUGGAAGAAGACCAUCAUAUUGGGGGAAAAAUGUCGGGUUCCCGACGAAGAAGAUGAUGAGGGGGUCGUCGUGUAUGACGAGAAAGGAGAGAGGGUCUCGACGUACCAUCACCGGAAAACGAGCCCUGCCGGCUCCGGCCUAAUCGGGUCACCACUCUCCAAUUCAAACUUCGCAACCUUAGCCAUACGGCCAAUCUCAGUAGCCGGGCCCUGUGCAAAAGAGAUACACAAGGUGAUUGAGCAAAAGUACCGCAGUUUAAUUGAUCCAAGCCGUGAGGUAAGAGAAAGGUACCAAAAGUGUAUGGUCGCUUACAAUCAAGCCAUAUAUUAUAUUGAUGAGGCCAAAAGGCGCAUUAAGAUAGGUGAUUACAAAAGAGUUAAAAGUUAUUUAUCGGGCGCAUCCAAACGAGCUGCUUCUUGUGAUGCCAAGUUUGCGAGGCCGCCUCCCGAGCCGGAGGCCCUCAAGAUUGCGAGUAAAAAGUUGAGGGAUCUUUGUAGUAUAGUUGAGGCUAUAAUUAUAUGA